AAAAUUUGAAUCUCUCUCUCUCUCUCUCGUUUGAACACACACACACAGACACACACUUGAUACCAAAUUUCAGUCUCUUUCUUUCAUUCUUUAAUUAAUUACUCAAAAGCAAAAUCAAUCAAUCAAUUAAUGUAAAUAUAUACAUUCUUUGUAAUUUGUUUUCCCUGAAACAUCACUUCCGAAAUCCCCGGUUCCUUUAGCUUCAAAUCCCUUCCCCACCAAUUCCAGUGUGUAAGUUUUGGCAUCUAUGGAGAGUUUGUUAACUGACUGUGUACAGAAUAGUCUGCGGCAUCUUUUAUACCGAAAUGCAAUUUUCAUGUGCGAGCGCCUCUGUUCCGAGUUUCCUUCCGAGACAAAUCUGCAAUUGUUAGCAGCAUGUUACUUGCAAAGCAAUCAAGCUUAUUCGGCUUACCAUAUCUUGAAAGGAACACAAUUGCCUCAGUCCAGAUACUUGUUUGCAAUAUCAUGCUUUCAAAUGGAUCUCCUGAAGGAAGCCGAAAUGGCAUUAUCGCCUUCUAAUGAGCCUAGUGCUGAGGUCCCAAAUGGUGCAGCUGGUCAUUAUCUUCUUGGGCUCAUCUACAGAUACACAGAUAGAAUAAAAAGUGCAGUUCAUCAGUUUAACCAGGCCCUGUCGAUGGAUCCUCUGUUGUGGGCUGCAUAUGAGGAGUUGUGUAAAUUAGGGGCUGCUGGCGAAGCAACAUCAGUGUUUGGGGAAUUGGCCUCCGAAUGUAUCCAGAAGCAAUACUUGAGUAACGAUGUGGGUCCUGAGUUGCAGGCGUCUAAUGGCGAUCAUAAUCUGGUUGCUGGUAGACAAACAGCUGAAAGUGUUAGUCCAAGACAACUAAGAAUGUUGCAUAGCAAUAACGUCAAGGAUAAUUCCGUAAAUCAUAAUGGUGCAGUUUUUUCUGCCAGCCAACCCAACAUUAAUGGUGUUCAUGCUAACAUAUCAUUUUAUAAUACCCCUUCUCCAAUGACCACCCAGCUGUCAGGUGUGGCCCCUCCACCUAUAUGUAGAAACAUGCUCCAAAAUGUUCCCACAAGCUCGAGUUCUGCUGGUGCUGACGCAUCCCCAAGAUCAACUGUAAAAUCUACCAUUCAAGCUCCUCGGAGAAAGUUUGUGGAUGAGGGGAAGCUAAGAAAGAUAUCAGGAAGAUUGUUCUCUGAUUCUGGUCCUAGAAGAAGCACAAGACUUGCAGGAGAAGCGGGUGCUGUAGCAAAUUCAAGUGGCACUAAUGUAACCGUGAAUGGUACAAAUCACUCGUCUAGAUAUCCUUCUAAGUUAGCCUCUGCAGCAUUUCGUUCAGUUACAGUUAGAAAGGGACCAUCCUGGUCUACUGAAAGUCUUCAUGAAGCUCAAAGUCGGUCCGAGCUUGAUGAUUCUCGAUCAAAUACUACAACCACUUCUGGUUCAUCACCAUCGCCUGAUACAAGAUCAUGUGAACGUGAUGAUACAAGCAUGUCAAUGGGCCGGGCUUCAAUGAGUGUAUCGAAAGUUGCUAGUGGUGCUUCAGAAGUAUUAUCCCUGCUGAAAAUUCUUGGGGACGGUUACAGACUUUCCUGUGUUUACCGCUGUCAGGAUGCACUUGAUGUAUUUCUACAACUCCCUCAUAAGCAUUAUAAUACUGGCUGGGUGCUCUCCCAGGUUGGAAAAGCUCAUUUUGAAUUGGUUGAUUACUUAGAAGCUGAGCAUGCCUUUAGCAAUGCGCGCUUGGCUUCUCCUUAUAGCUUAGAAGGAAUGGAUAUUUAUUCUACUGUUCUAUAUCACUUGAAGGAGGAUAUGAGGUUGAGUUAUUUGGCACAGGAGCUCAUAUCAACGGAUCGUUUAUCCCCUCAGUCGUGGUGUGCUAUGGGAAAUUGCUAUAGCAUGCAGAAAGACCAUGAAACUGCUCUCAAGAACUUUCAAAGAGCAGUGCAACUGAAUUCUAGAUUCGCCUAUGCGCACACCCUUUGUGGUCAUGAAUAUGUGGCAUUGGAGGAUUUUGAGAAUGGAAUCAAGAGUUACCAGAAUGCUCUUAAGAUUGAUACAAGACAUUAUAAUGCCUGGUAUGGCCUCGCGAUGAUAUAUCUUCGCCAGGAGAAAUACCAGUUCUCAGAGCAUCACUUUCGAAGGGCUCUACAAAUUAACCCUCGUUCUUCUGUUAUAAUGUGUUACCUUGGGACUUCCUUGCAUGCAUUGAAGAGAAAUGAAGAAGCUUUAGCAAUGAUGGAGAAAUCUAUAACAGCAGAUAAAAUGAACCCCCUCCCUAUGUAUCAAAAGGCUAACAUUCUUGUGAGUAUGGAGAACUUUGACAGUGCUUUACAAGUUCUGGCAGAGCUGAAAGAGUAUGCCCCUCAUGAAAGCAGUGUGUAUGCAUUGAUGGGAAAGAUAUACAAACGUCGUUCUAUGUAUGACCAGGCAAUGCUUCAUUUUGGUCUAGCUCUGGAUUUGAAGCCUUCUGCCACGGAUGUGGCUACUAUCAAGGCGGCCAUUGAAAAAUUACAUGUCCCAGACGAAUUAGAAGAUGACUGAGCAGGUACAACUUGAGAUGACAUGCGGAGCAAGCGCAACUCAACUCUAUUCCUGUAAAAUAUUUGUAUCACGGACCUUUCCCCUCUGCUGCUCUGCUUUUGUCAGGAUUUUUGAUACAACAGAUCUCCGUUCCUGGACGGAACCUCCUUCUUUGGAUCAUGCGACAGUUUUAUAGGUGUUAGAUUAAGGAUACAUGUAGUUUUGAUGAUUGAUAAUGUAAUCACAUAUGUAUGUGCCAUUUAGUUAAACUGUUAGCGUAAGGCCUUGUAACAAUAGUUAUCUACUUUACCUUGGUAGUUACUCUUCUCGUUUUUCAGGUAAAACUUUAUCCGUGUAGAAAAUUUUAAUACUUGAGGGGUGUACUCUUGGUGAACUAGGGUUGAGAAUAGCAAAUGAAGUGAUGGAUAGUUUGUUCUUUGUA